CUGCCAGCUGCACGGAGUCUCAACCAUCCAUCCAUCUACCCACCCACCCAUCCAUCCAUCGCCAAAGCCCUUCCUCCUUUCCGGCUUACACUGGGCGUUAAGCUCGGAUCUCCGGGUCCUCAGCGGAGCGGGCGGGGGCAGACUGGUAAUUCUUGUGUCUAAGAGCCGACCAAGUUUUGGGUGACAUGGCCCAGGGGAAUAAUUAUGGGCAGACCAGCAACGGGGUGGCAGAUGAAUCACCCAACAUGCUGGUGUACAGAAAGAUGGAAGACGUCAUAGCACGCAUGCAAGAUGAAAAAAAUGGAAUUCCUAUCCGUACUGUCAAAAGCUUUCUUUCCAAGAUACCUAGUGUCUUCUCUGGGUCAGACAUUGUUCAAUGGUUAAUAAAGAACUUAACUAUAGAAGAUCCAGUGGAGGCGCUCCAUUUGGGAACAUUAAUGGCUGCCCAUGGAUACUUCUUUCCAAUCUCAGAUCACGUACUCACGCUCAAGGAUGAUGGUACCUUUUACCGGUUUCAAACACCCUAUUUUUGGCCAUCAAAUUGUUGGGAGCCAGAAAAUACAGACUAUGCUGUUUACCUCUGCAAAAGAACAAUGCAAAAUAAGGCAAGACUAGAACUUGCAGAUUAUGAAGCUGAGAGCCUGGCCCGGUUGCAGAGAGCAUUUGCAAGGAAGUGGGAGUUUAUAUUUAUGCAAGCAGAAGCACAAGCAAAAGUGGACAAGAAGAGAGACAAAAUUGAAAGGAAGAUCCUUGAUAGCCAAGAGAGAGCAUUCUGGGAUGUCCACAGACCUGUGCCUGGAUGUGUAAAUACUACUGAAGUGGACAUUAAGAAGUCAUCCAGAAUGAGAAACCCACACAAAACAAGAAAGUCUGUCUAUGGUUUACAAAAUGAUAUUAGAAGUCACAGUCCUACCCACACACCCACACCAGAAACUAAACCUCCAACAGAAGACGAGCUGCAUCAACAGAUAAAAUAUUGGCAAAUACAGUUAGACAGACAUCGAUUAAAAAUGUCAAAAGUUGCUGAUAGUCUACUAAGUUAUACGGAACAGUAUGUAGAAUACGACCCAUUUCUUGUGCCACCUGACCCUUCUAAUCCAUGGCUGUCUGACGAUACUACUUUCUGGGAACUUGAAGCAAGCAAAGAACCGAGCCAACAGAGGGUAAAACGAUGGGGUUUUGGCAUGGAUGAGGCAUUGAAAGACCCAGUUGGGAGAGAACAGUUCCUUAAAUUUCUAGAGUCAGAAUUCAGCUCAGAAAACUUAAGAUUCUGGCUAGCAGUGGAGGACCUGAAGAAAAGGCCUAUUCGAGAAGUGCCCUCAAGAGUUCAGGAAAUAUGGCAAGAAUUUCUGGCUCCAGGAGCCCCCAGUGCCAUCAACCUGGAUUCCAAGAGUUAUGACAAAACCACACAGAACGUGAAGGAACCUGGACGAUACACAUUCGAAGAUGCUCAGGAGCAUAUUUACAAACUGAUGAAAAGUGAUUCAUACCCACGUUUUAUAAGAUCCAGUGCCUAUCAGGAACUUCUACAGGCAAAGAAAAAGUCUGGAAACUCAAUGGAUCGCAGAACAUCUUUUGAGAAAUUUGCACAGAAUGUGGGCAGAAACAUCCCUAUUUUCCCAUGCCAUAAAAACUGUACACCAACACUGAGGGCCAGCACUAACCUGUUAUGAAAAGAGGUUCUCAGCUGGGACUCUGUAAUAAAAGACAGAUUAACAAGAGAAAAGCAUCCAACUUUACUUAAUAGAAGAUUUACAUGAUGGGAGACCUCAUAAGGAAAUGAGGACCUGAAGAAAAUGGUUGAACUUGAGUGGUUUUUUACUAGAUUUGAUUAAAAAAAAAAAUGAAGAGUCAUGGAAAAAAUAUGAUGGGAUAAUGGGAUGUGACCUAAGGGUGGGGGGGGGGAGGGGGGAACCCGGAAUUCAAGACUUGAUUGUUCUGAUUCCUCUCAGCAUUCCAUAUUCAUAGAUAAGGAUGUUCCUGUCCUUUGGGUUAAUGGAGGGCAUAAGAAUCUUAUGACCUGACAAUGGAAAAGAUCAGAGAGUCUUUCCCAUACCUGCUAUUUCUAAAAUCCUUCAGAAUAAAAUGCUCAAUAUGUCACAUGAUUACAUGUUCAAACAUCCCAUCAGCAAACAUCCAGACAGUAUGACUUCAGGGCCCCUUAUACACCUGUCUGUACCUCUUACUGUAACAGUGGUCCACUUUAUGCUUUGAAUAUAGCCCUUGCUGCUCUGUCCCUAAGGCUUAUCUUUUUUUUUAAAUUCUAAUUUGUUACAUAUGACAGCGGAAUGCAUGACAAUUUAUAUUACACAUAUAGAGCACAAUUUUUUCAUAUCUCUGGUUGUUUACAAAGUAGAUUUACACCAUUCGUGUUUUCAUACAUGUAUUUGGGCUUAUCUUAAAACAGAUAUGUUUUCUCCUCUCUCCCAAAUUAACAAGUGAAUCACACAGGCUGAACACCUGGAAUAAAUCACUUCUUUAAAAACCCUCUGCUCUCCCUGAUGGGCAGAAUCAAGGCCUCUGGGACAGGAGUCUCCUGUGCUUUUUGUUUGCUAGCAAAGCAAUAAAACUACUUUUUCCCUUUUCUCAAAA